UUGACUAACUUUUUUUAUUUUUUUAAUUGCUCUAAUGAACAUUAGACGGAAUGGAGCUGUCACACACAUCAAGAUCCAGAACACAGGCGACUACUAUGACCUGUAUGGAGGAGAAAAAUUUGCCACGUUGGCUGAGUUAGUCCAGUAUUACAUGGAACACCAUGGACAGCUCAAAGAAAAGAAUGGAGACGUAAUAGAGUUAAAAUAUCCACUGAAUUGUGCUGAUCCUACAUCUGAAAGGUGGUUUCAUGGGCACCUUUCUGGGAAAGAGGCUGAUAAGUUAUUAACAGAAAAAGGAAAACAUGGAAGCUUUCUUGUGCGAGAGAGUCAAAGCCACCCAGGAGACUUUGUUCUUUCAGUCCGGACAGGAGAUGAUAAAGGCGAAAGUAAUGAUGGGAAAUCGAAAGUAACCCAUGUCAUGAUUCGGUGCCAGGAGCUGAAAUAUGAUGUUGGCGGAGGGGAGAAAUUUGACUCUCUAACGGACCUGGUGGAACAUUAUAAGAAGAAUCCCAUGGUAGAAACUUUGGGCACAGUACUACAGCUGAAGCAGCCCCUGAAUACAACCCGUAUUAAUGCUGCAGAGAUUGAAAGUCGGGUGCGAGAACUAAGCAAACUAGCAGAGACCACAGAUAAAGUCAAGCAAGGCUUCUGGGAAGAAUUUGAGGUAAUUUACAUGUUUCGAACAUAAAACAGGUAUGUCAGUGGUAGAAAUAUAGUUUUACUACACUUUCCCAGCUGCUUAGGGGCCCUUUGCCCCUCAGAUCUUUAUUCUUGCUCUCCACUCCUGUGACAUAUAUUGCACCUUCUGCAGUGUGCCAGUUUGACUCAUGCAUCUGCCAGAGAGGCGUGCUUGAAAGGUGUGCCUCGUCUUUUAACCCACAGGCUGAGCAAUCUUUGUCAGUGCUAGCUCAGUAUUGUUGUUCCCCAUCCUGCUUUGAGCUGAAGUUGUGCUGGGCUAAGGAAAAACCUUGCUGAACAGGAAUGACUGGGAUUUUGGCAUCAACUGUUGUUUCAGUGUGAAUUCUUGUAGACUCUUUUGAAAGCCCCAGAGGAAAAUAAUUUUGCAUUUCUCUAGUUCUUCCCAUUAGAGGAUUUCAAAUUAUUUUACACAAAAUUUAAACCUGCUAGCACCCCUGUGGGGUAGGUAAGUGGUUAUCUUUGCUUUUCUGAUGGGUGGAGAGAGGUAGAGCGUACUGUAUGUAGCAUGUCAGUGACAGAAGCCUGGAGUCCUGAUGACCAGUUCCCCACUCUAACCACUAGAUGGCAGUCUCUUCCUUAAAAGUGAAGUACAAACAAGUCUGGUAUUAGAUGUCUAGUUAGCAACUGUACUGCACGUAGUAGUCAAAAUAAUGACUUGUUUAUGCUGUUUGAUUUUCAGAGGAGCCUCUGGGAGAUAGGUGCCCAACUCAGUGAAAUUUGGUAGGAAUUGAACAUUUAAGGCCUGGUAUGCACUAGAAAAUGAGAUCAGUUGGUCAGGGGUGUGAAAAAUCCCCACCUCUGAACAGCACAGUUAAGCUGACCUACAUUCUGUGUAAAUAGUGCUAGGUUGACAGAUGAAUUCUUUCAUUGAUUUAACUAGUGCCUCUUGGGGAGGUGGAUUACUAUGCCAACAGGAGAACCCCUCCCAUUGAUGUAGGUAGCAUCUAUACUAAAGGACUGCUGCGGCACAGCUACACCACUGUGACAUAAGUCUAGACAAGCUCUCUCUAACCAUACAUAAAUACUUACCGGUAAUUCACAAGAAGCUGGGAAGUGAAUCUACCAGACACCAGCUUGCUAUGGUCUAGUUGUCUGUGUGAAGACCUAGGGAUGUUAACAGCUACUCAGUUGCUUAUCGGUUAAUGAUCCUGGUUAACCGCAACAGCUCACCCCCACCCCUGCCUGCUCUGCAUUUAAAACUGAGCAGCAGGCUGGAUCAGUCCCAGCCCACUAGUCUGAGUUUUAAAUGAAGAUCAUAGAACACGAGAACUGGAAGGGACCUUGAGAGAUCAUCAAGUCCAGUCCCCUGCCCUU